GAACGCGCGUGUUUCGUGCUCGCCCCCCCCGGUCAUGGACGAAGAGCUCUGCUGCCCGGCGUGCAAGCAAUUCUUCACCAACCCGGUGCUGCUGCCCUGCCAGCACUCGCUCUGCCUGCUGUGCGCCGUCCACCUGCAGCAACCGGUGGCCGGCGGCGCCGCCGCCGCCGCCGGCCAGGCGUCCAGCGUCGCCUCCGGCUCCUGCUCGAGCUCCGGCGGCGACUACCAGGAGAGCGACAAGCUGUCGAUCCUCAGCGAGGCCGACAGCGGCGUGAUAUGCCCGUCGUCGCGGCCCGGCAGCUACGUCGAAGCGUCGACGGGCGUCGCGACGUGGACGGUGGCGUGCCCGGUGUGCCGCAAGGCGGCCUAUUUGGACGAGAAUGGGGCGCACGGUUUGCCCAAGUACCGGAUCAUGCACAACAUCGUCGAGAAGUACAGCGAGCUGAGGAACGUGACGUUCAAAUGUCAAAUGUGCGAAUCGGAGCCGGCUAACGAGGCUACCGUGAUGUGCGAACAGUGCGAGGUGAGGUAUUGCGCCGAGUGCAGGGACACUUGCCACCCGUUGAGGGGCCCUUUGGCCAAACAUGUCUUGAGCGAUCCGAAGAGGAGCGUGGCAGGCGCGAAUAGAACGAGGACGGGAACGUGUGCGGAACACGCCGAUGAGACGUUGAACAUGUUUUGUUCGGUUUGUAAAAUGUGCGUUUGUGCCGUUUGUUUGUUGGACACUAAACACAUGUCGCACGAUGUACAACCCGCCACUGUCGUUUGCAAAACUCAAAAGACCGAUUUAUCGCACAAUUUACAACAACUCUCCGAACGGGCGAGAACCACGACUGAAUUCAUACAACAAUUAAAAGGCCUCAACGAAGAAAUAGAGCGGAACUGUGAUGACUUCGAAGCGACCAUAUCGAGCCGGUGCGAGGCGCUCGUGGAGGCGGUGCGGCAGCGGCGCAACACCCUCAUCGAGUUCAUCAGACAGGAGAAGGAGAUGCGGAAGGGCGUGCUGAAGGAGCAGGUCGCCACGUGCACGCAACGAUUGCAACAGACCACGGCGCUGCUGCAGUUCUGCAUCGAGGCCCUCAAAGAGACCGACAGCUCCUCGUUCAUACAGAUAGGAACAAUGCUGAUAAACAGGGUGGUGGAUACGGAUCAAGCGUGGCAAAAGGAAUGGUCGAUUCCUCAGGUUUCGCCCCAAUUCGAGCUCACAUUAGACGAUGCACCCGUAAAUUCUGCCAUAAAACAACUAAAUUUCAUACAAACUAAACCUCCAGUGGCUCCUAUCAUAAUCCCGGAAGAAUGUAAUGCUGAAAAUAAUUCUGUUACAGUAGCUUGGCAACCACCAAGUAUCAGUCAUGUCGAAGGAUAUGUGCUGGAAUUGGACGAUGGGAACGGCGGGGAUUUCAGGGAGGUCUACUGCGGCAACGAGACCAUUUGCACCGUGGACGGUUUGCACUUCCGCAGCCUAUACAACGCCCGAGUGAAGGCCUUCAACAGCUCAGGCGAAGGGGAAUACAGCGAACUAAUAGGCCUCCAAACAGCCGACGUAGCUUGGUUCACCUUCGAUCCCGUCCUCUCCGGCCCCGGGCUGCAGUACACCGAGAACAACACCCGCGUGACGGGCGAGGGCUGGGAGCACCGCGUCGCCCUGGGCAGCCUGGGCUUCAGCCGGGGCCUCCACUACUGGGAGUUCACCGUCGAGAAGUACGACACCGACACCGAUCCCUCGUUCGGCGUCGCCCGCAUCGACGUCGCCAGAGACAAGAUGCUCGGCAAAGACGACAAGGGCUGGGCGAUGUACAUCGACAACCAGCGAUCGUGGUUCCAGCACGGCGGGGCCCACGAGCAGCGCAUCGAGGGCGGCAUCGGCAUCGGCUCGACGGUGGGCGUGCUGCUCGACCUGGAGCACCACACGCUGGCGUUCUACGUGAACGAGGAGCCGCAGGGGAACGUGGCGUUCAGGGACCUGUACGGGGUCUUCUAUCCGGCCGUCAGCAUCAACAGGGGAGUCAGCGUGACUGUACACACUUCGCUGGAUCCGCCAUCGGACUUGGACGAAACACAAUAAGACUGAAUUAGACACACACCAACACCAACAGGGCGGUUGGGGGUUUUUUUUUCGUAACGAUUUUUUCCAUUAGUUGUUGUAAGAUUGAGGUGGAAUGGAGGAAGUUUGUUGGAGACUCGGCCGCGCCUUCGAGCGUUGUAUUUGUACAUUUCGAUUUUUUCCUAACUACAUGGUUCUACAUGUUGACUUAUACACUUUUUUGAUAGUUUGAGAGAUUUGUUAUAUUAAAUUAUAUCUUAUAUUUAACGAUUAAACUUAUUUAUCA